UAGAAAAAAACAUGUAAAACUAUUAUUUUAAUGUUUUUCUUCGAUAACUAACUCUUAUAUAUGUUGUAAUUAAAUAAAACUCGAAACAGACCACGUUUGCGGCUAAAAACGAGUGGUUUUUGAUGCGGCUCACGAAGUCUCGUCGUGGCGCUUAUAAUAUCGAGCUCUAUGAGAAGCUUUAGUAGCCAUUAGGCGGCUCCAAACCACACUUUUUUGACUCAGUUUUAGUGGCUCCAUAAACUUUGACCUUACCUUCAUGAUUCCUUCACCGUCACGUUAACCAAAAAGGCUACUUGAGGUCAAAGCAACCUCGCAACACUACAACGACGACUCUUUUUUUUUUCUCUCUUUAAUUAUAAUGCUUAACAUUAUCGAUUCUUCUUUUAUUUAUAUUAUAAUUUAAAUUUUCCUCAGUUGCUGCUUACUUGUUCUACAGUCUUAGCUGUAAAAAACUGUAUAUAAAACUCUCCACGAACUCUCCACACACACCGAGACAGAAGAAUUGGUUUUAAUGGCGGAAUUUGCAGGAGAAUCUUAUUGGCUUCUCUCGGGUGCUGCUGCAUCAACCACAUUUCUUGCUUUCAUCAUCAUCUUCUUCCUCGCGGGAAUAGCAAGAAGAAAGAGAAGAGAGCCUCAUAGGCUGCCUCCGGGAAGCAGAGGAUGGCCUUUGAUCGGAGACACCUUCGCUUGGCUCAACGCCGUCUCUGGUUCUCAUCCUUCAAGUUUCGUUGAUAAACAAAUCAAAAGGUAUGGGAGGAUAUUCUCGUGUAGCUUGUUCGGGAAAUGGGCAGUGGUAUCAGCUGACCCGGCUUUUAACCGGUUCAUAAUGCAGAACGAAGGCAAGCUGUUUCAGUCGAGUUAUCCAAAGUCUUUCAGGGAUUUGGUUGGGAAAGAUGGAGUGAUCACGGUGCACGGUGAUCAGCAGAGACGGCUUCAUUCGAUUGCAUCAAGCAUGAUGCGUCAUGACCAGCUCAAGACUCAUUUUCUUGAGGUUAUUCCAGUGGUUAUGCUUCAGACAUUGAGUAAUUUCAAGGACGGUGAAGUCGUGCUUCUCCAGGAUAUCUGUAGAAAGGUUGCCAUUCAUCUUAUGGUUAACCAACUUCUCGGUGUGUCGAGCGAAUCAGAAGUUGAUGAAAUUUCUCAGCUUUUCUCCGAUUUUGUUGAUGGAUGUCUCUCUGUUCCUAUCGACUUGCCUGGUUUCACAUACCACAAAGCAAUGAAGGCACGAAAGGAGAUCAUAAGAAAGAUAAACAAGACGGUAGAGAAGUUGUUGCAGAACAAAGAAGCAUCAGAUACUGCUGGUAAUGGUGUACUUGGAAGAUUGCUUGAAGAAGAAAGCUUGCCAAACGAAUCCUUGGCAGAUUUUAUCAUCAAUCUACUGUUUGCCGGAAAUGAAACCACCUCGAAAACAAUGCUGUUUGCGGUUUACUUCCUCACUCAUUGUCCUAAGGCCAUGACCCAACUCCUGGCGGAACACGAUAGGCUCGCGGGAGGAACGCUAACAUGGCAAGAUUAUAAGACAAUGGACUUCACUCAAUGCGUAAUAGAUGAAACACUCAGGCUUGGGGGAAUUGCGAUAUGGCUUAUGAGAGAGGCGAAAGAAGAUGUCUCAUAUCAAGAUUAUGUCAUUCCCAAGGGAUGCUUUGUUGUUCCGUUUCUCUCGGCAGUGCACUUAGAUGAGAGCUAUUACAAGGAAAGUCUCUCCUUCAAUCCAUGGCGAUGGCUUGACCCUGAAACUCAGCAAAAGAGGAAUUGGAGAACGAGCCCUUUCUAUUGCCCAUUUGGUGGAGGAACUCGGUUUUGUCCAGGAGCAGAACUGGCUCGCCUACAAAUUGCUCUCUUUCUGCAUUACUUCAUCACCACAUACAGGUGGACACAACUUAAGGAAGAUCGUAUCUCCUUCUUCCCUUCGGCUCGUCUAGUGAAUGGCUUCAAAAUCCAGUUGAACAGACGAGACAGUGAUCCUCGGAAUCAAUAAAGAACCAACACUCUCCACCUCUGUAGAUCUCUUUGUAUUGAUGUAUAUUCACUCAAAACCAUGUGACUUUUUGUAACUCCAAAUUUGUAUAAUAGUGUUUUAACUCCAAAGUUGCGUA